UCAGUUUCUGCUAAAACUGGCAACGUGCAUCAUAAUCGAGUAUGGCUUGGCUCCCAGCUAUCGCCAUUACAAGCUUUGGUUUCCUUGUUAUAAGCUCUGCUACGUGGAUCGAAAUUCCUCAGUUCUCGGAUCAACGUAAGAUCUACAAAGACCCAGUUUCUCAUGGAUUUGUUUUUAAAGAAUUUAACGAGCUAUUAACUAUAAACGAUGCAAAUGGCGAACUAACUACAACUAUAGAUUCAAUGGAACCUGAAAUAAUUUCAUUAUCAACAAAUUCAUCAAAUUCAUCGCAAUAUUUAAAUGAGCAUAUAGAUAAGGAACUCCUUCAUUAUCUGCCGAUUAAUCUUUUUAAACAAGUACAUAAAACACUCCAAUCUCAACCACCUACAUUGAAAGGAAAAAUACGGUUUUUAAAAGUCUUUGAACAUGCUUUAUUAAAUAAAAUAGGAACUCGCUUAAAUGCUGUUCUCACACCUUCGCGAAUUUCUAGAGAAACAAGAGACCACUACGACAUUGAUGAUCGUGAUGAAAAAAUAGGAUUCCCUUCUCUAGAAGGAGCAUUAAUGGCCAUUUCUUUUUUAACAUUUGCCGUUUAUUUAAUUAGAUUAGUUAUGAUGCUGUUUAAACAUGCUGGUACAAUUGGGAUUGCACCAAUUAUCAUUGGUAGAAAAAAAAGAUCAAACGAUGAUGUUAAUGAAGAAAGAAUUAGAAUUCUUAGUUAUUUGGAUUAAUAUUUAUUACAUUAUUAUUGAUAGA